CGUUUAUUCUGAAGGUUUCUGCGGCCGGAAGUUGCUAGCCUGUUGCCGGUGACACGGAGCGAAGUCCCGCAGCUUUUUCCUUGAAAAACCGAAACACAAAGUGUGUGUGUGUGUGUGUGUGUGACAUUAAACCUUUCAGAGCAACGGUAGAGAGGCGACACACGUGGCUCAGAAACUGAUAAACAGAUUUAAAGUCACGUUUCGCGUUAGAGCCGACUGAAGUUCGUGACUAACGUCUGCUAACUAUGGUGCGACACCUGAGUAGCUGCCGAAGCUAACGGGAUUAGCUCCUCAGGUAAACCCCAGCUAAAGGUGGUCAGAUGGCUGUGAAGGGGAGCACCUGGUGGAGUCGGCCUGGGCAGCUGUAAAGGAUGCUCCAGGGGCCGUACGGCAGCCUGGACCGGGACCGGCCCCUCAUCCGGCUGCCUUUCACCAGCUUCGCCGUGGGGAUUGUUCUGCUCCCCCUGACCGGCCUCAUCGCCUGCCUCUCCAUUUCACUCAUGUACCACUUCGAAGACGCAACGUACACACACUGUCAUGUGUCAAACUACCUCCCGUCCAUCAGCGCUGCCAUCAGCCGCGUGCCGGAGCGCUACAUCUGGCGCUGCUGCAUCGGCCUGCACUCAGCGCCCCGCUACCUGGUGGCUGCCGCCUAUUUCAACUUCUACCGCGGCCGCUUCGCCAAGAGGAUGCUGGAGCUGCUGCUGAGCGGACUGGCUCUCGUCUGCAGCCUCGCCGAAAACACCGGCCUGCUGGUGCUCACAUACGUGUCGUCCACCGAAACUUACAGUGUUCAUAAAAACGGUUUCGUCGUGUUCGUAGGGAGCUCGCUGCUGCACAUGCUCAUUACAUGCAGACUGUGGCAGGUGAUCAAGAGAUACUAUGUGAACCCAGAGGAAAUGAAGUCGUAUCGAUGGAAAGUGCGUCUCUUCUUGUUCAACGUCAGCUGUUGUCUGGCUGCAGCUUACUUCUUCAGACGCCACAACAAAUACUGUGAAACAGGAGGACAAAAGACAUUAGAACAUGUUCCGGUUCGCUUCAGGGAAUAACGAUGAGCGACACCGAGCAAUCGAUAAUAAAAUGAUCCCAAAGAAAAUGGUCGGACCUGCAGAUACACAGAAAAAAUGUAAGCAUCUUGAUAAAACACAACUUUACAGCGUAUGAGCAACAAAUAUCAACUAAAGUAGUUCAGAUCUUAAAACUGGAUUCUGACGCAGACCAGAACCAGCAGAUGGAGGAUGGAGGACUUGACAGCUGAUGUUUUACUUCAGACGAGAAGACUUCUAAUCUGUGAUUAAUCACAAUAAUGUGGACCCACACGAUGUGGAGUCAACCUGGGGGUAUUUGGGGGUCUGGACAAAUAGAGGUUCUGUACCUGUAAUGAACAGGCCCCCUCCUUAGGGUCUGGGGGCUGGUCAGGGUGGGUCACUUGGUGUCCCAGCCUUCUCUCAAGGGUCUGGAUGUGGGACAGUGAUGUUUAAAUCCUCUCGUCCAAGACAAGGGGGGGAAAAAAAUGACCUGAAAAUGAUAAUAAAAAUGAGGCGAUCUGCCAUAAACACACACACACACACACACACUCUGACCCCCCCCCCAAGCCACUGUCUGUAUGAUGUGAGGUUCACCUUUGUUUAUCCAUGUGUUGUGUAAUGUCAUUUCUCACUACAAAAGAAACACAUUUUGAAGAGCAGUGGAAAAGAGGCUCAGUGAUUGGGAUUUGUGAGACAGAACCAUGUGUUCAGAGUAUCUGUCUUUGUGCAAACGCAGUUUUAGUCGUUACUCCGCAGAGUUUUAUGUAUCUGGCUCCCGGACUGUGUGAAAUUCUUCUUUUCACGCUUUGGUAACUUCUGUGAAUUAAAUUCACAGCAGGGUAACUACACACCACCGACUACAGCUGGAACAACUGAUUGGUAAAAGAUUGACUGGCUGCAGCUGCAGCUUUGCUUCCUAAUGUGAAUGUUUGGUUGGUUUUCUUUGUCUCCGUUAAUCAACUGAAUAUAUUAGUGUGUUUUUGACAAAACCAGGUUUUCUUUUCUUUUCCUGGAGUUCAGGAGGACUCUGAGUGAGAAUAGAUCCUAUGUAAAUAGGAUACAGGGUGUGUGUGUGAUUUGAUUAUUUUAUUAUCUGACACCAUAAGACUCCUUUCAUGGUUUGGGGAAGUUGUUUGGCUGCGAGUCAUUUAUUAAACUCACUUCCCCAAACUUCAUUUUCCUGAACGAUAAGUCACCUUCGCACAACAACAGUUACACAGAGGGACGCUGACAGAGUCGGCUGAUGGAGGAUGGAGCUGGUGAACGUGCUGUUAGCAUUAAGCUAGUGGUGGAGGAAGAACUCCGAUCUUUUGCUCGAGUAAAAGUACUAAUACAACACAGUAAAAAUACUCUGGCACAAGCUAAACUCCUGCAUUGAAAAUACUGCCUAAGGAAAACUAUGUAAAUAUAAGUGGGUAAAUGUGCUUGAAGUAUUAAAAGUAAAAGUGCUCGAUGCAGAAAAACGUCCCCGUGACUGUUGUUUUAUAUCAUUAAAUUAUUAUGACGGUUGGUUGAGGUGGAGCUGGUUUUUAAUUAUUCUAUAUGG